AUGACAGCUCCUCCGAUGUAUCGCCAGGAGAAGCUGGAAGAGGCGCCCACUGAUGUGGCCGAGCUGACAUCCGACGAGUCCACUUCCACCGAGAUCUGGAAUGCCUUGGUGACCGAAGACCAUCAACAUGAGAUUCAACUUCGAACCAUGUCCUGGCAAAAAGCCGCCUGGUUGCUUGCUGGAGACCAAGUCUGUCUGGCUAUCAUGGCUCAAUCCUGGUCACUCUCCGUACUGGGAUGGGUACCCGGCAUCAUUACCAUGGUUGUGUCCGGCGCUCUCUUCUGGGUCACUUCCCUCACCAUGCACAAGUACAUCAUGAAGCACCCGCAAAUCAAGAACAUUUGUGACUUUGGCUACUAUGUCUUCGGCAAAAGCCAGACGGCAUACAUCUUUUCCGGCUUCAUGUUGCUGGCUAACAACAUCCUGCUGAUCGGUUUCCAUAUCCUGACUGGAGCCAAGGUGCUGGAUACUUUGUCCAGUCACUCGCUGUGUACCGUGACCUUCUCCGCGAUCGUGAUGGUCAUGGGCAUCGUCCUGUCCGCUCCACGAACCCUGCAUCAUGUCUCUUUCAUGUCGAUGUUUUCGGCGGCCUGCAUGGGUAUUGCCAUCCUAUUGUUCCUUAUCUUCGCGGGCAUUGAGAAGGCACCCCUGGAUUAUCCGACCGAUGGACCUGUGCGAACAUACGCCUUCCCCUUGCCCGGCACCAGCUGGGUGGAUUGCAUGAAUGCCGUCUUGAACAUCACCUUCCUCUGGGUGCCCCAGAUUCUCUUCCCCACGUUCAUCGCCGAGAUGGAGCAUCCGGAGGACUUCCCCAAGUCACUGGCGGUCCUGGCUACCAUUUCCACCAUCCUCUUCAUCAUGCCGCCCGCCAUCGGCUUUCACUAUCUAGGCCAAUACGCCACUGCGCCUGCCUUUGGCAGUCUAGGCCUCGUCGCGUACAGGAAAGCCUCGUUUGGUUUUGUCAUCGUGCCCACGCUGAUCAUCGGCGCCAUCUACGCCAACGUCACCGCCAAGUUCAUUUAUUCCCAUCUGUUGGGCACCUCCAGACACGCGCACAGCAACACCGUCGUGGGCUGGGGCGUCUGGGCUCUGGUCAUGAUUGGCAUCUGGGUGGUGGGAUUCAUCUUCUCCGAGGUCAUUCCCAGCAUGGGCGACUUUCUCUCGCUGCUGGGUGCCGCCUUUGACUCGUUUUUCGGCUUCAUCUUCUUCGCGGUGGCCUACUGGCAUCUCUACCGGGGGAAGCUUUUUGUGGGACUCGGGCGCACGGCGAUGACCCUGCUGCAUGCCUUCGUCAUGGCUUGUGGUUUGUUUCUCUUGGGCCCGGGAUUGUAUGCGGCGGUAGAGGCCAUCAUCACGGAUUACUCGGGAUCGGUUUCCCCGGCGUUCAGUUGUGCCAGUCUGGGAAUCUGAUGGGCGCGGUGGUUCUUCUUUCUUACUCCUUGUAUUAAUUGCUCGAUGCGUCAGCAUGCUGCGCUAAGGUUGUUAUG